UCUUAUGUUGUUAAUUUUUUUAAACUGAUAAUUUAGUCUUAAUUUAUAUUAGUUGUGGGUUAUUUAGAGUUAUUUUUAAAAUUUAUAAAGCCGACAAUAUAAAAAAUUUUAUAAAAUAUGUAUUAUAAAAAUGGUAGUAAAAUAUCGUAAAUUUAAAUAGAUAAUAAUAAUUUUAACAAAUUAAUAUGAAGGGGAAUGACACUUCAGCUUGUUUCUUAUUUGACGCCCCUAAUUCUGAAUGUGUAUAUUAUACAGUGAAAUUGAUUAACAGUAUUUUAAACUGUUGUUGCUACAAAAGUAACAAGAAGCUACUACUGAUUUACAAAAGGCGUUGUUUUAUCGAAGAAUACGACGUUCUCGAAAUGUUAUUGAAACCACCAAUAAAAUCAUGUGAAUUUAUGAAUUUACAUCAGGAAUGUAAAGAUUUUACUGAUACUGACAAAUUAAUUGAUGAUUUUUUCAAACAAUCUUUUAACUCUAAAUUUUCUAAAACCGUAACUACCCCUGAAACCUCUCCCAUACAUAACACUUCACCUCGUUUUAACACUCAUUCCAAAACUCUUAAUACACAUUCCACUCCCACCGUGCACCUCCCAAAAAAUACUCUAAAAACUAGUAAAAAAGAUAGUAAGGUUAAUACUGACAAUAAUUCUGAGGAGGAAGAUCGUGUGAUAACUUACGGCUAUGACCAUAUAAAUGAGUAUAUAGAGAAUGUGGAUAAGAUUAUAUAUCGUUCGGACAAUAUUGAACACGUUGUGGUGUUUGGGUUAUCAGAUUUAUCAGAGACACCAACUUUAAACUUUGAGGACCACACACCAGAAGACUCUGAGGAGUUUAAUCAUCCCUUCAACUUCGUUAGGCUUUCAGAAGACAAUAAUAAGAUUUACGAUUGGGAUCUUAUUAAGGACUACUGCUUAUUACUUCAGCUGGUAUUAAACGCUAUAAAACUGCGUCAAAAUAACCUAAACACUAAUUCGCAGUGUGGUUGUGACUUAUUACCUAAGUUAUUUUUAAUUGAAAGGCUUCCCCCAGACUGUGAUUCCGCCAUUAAAUUCACCAAAUUCAUCUCCGAUCGCUUCAGUCGCACUUACUUUAUUCAUUAAUUUUUUAUUCCCAA